CCGGCGUUAAGCGGAACUUUCCUCUGCAGCUGUGUUUCUUAGCAACCAAGCCACCCGUUCCACCAGAAGCCCCCCUUCGCACAUGCGCAAACUGCGGCGGGGAAGGGGGCGCCCUAGCCCUGGCGUUUUUGGUGUUACUGUCCCAGCCAGUACUGCGUCUGGUCGGUGGGAAGCCGGGAACUCCAGCCCCCCGUAGGAAAGAAGAAAGGAGCGAGAUCGUGAUACAUGGUGAUGGCUUGCAGAGUCAUAAACAAAAGAAGACACAUGGGACUUCAACAACUUUCAUCAUUCGCAGAAACAGGAAGAACUUUCCUAGGCCCACUAAAAUCAUCCAAAUUUAUUAUAGAUGAAGAAUAUCAUGAAAGUGUAUUAAUCAGUUCAACAGUAAGGCUUCUUGAAAGUUUGGAUUUAACCGAUGCAGUGGGACAGCUUCUCAGUGAAGCAGUUCAAGCACAAAAUAACACAUAUAGAACUGGAGCCAGUACACUUUUGUUUCUUGUUGGUGCUUGGAGCAGUGCAGUUGAAGAAUGUCUUCAUCUUGGUGUCCCCAUUUCCAUAAUAGUUUCAGUAAUGUCAGAAGGCUUAAACUUUUGUAGUGAAGAGGUAGUUUCUCUUCAAGUACCUGUUCAUAAUGUAUUUGACCAUAUGGACAACACAAAGACAUUUUCUCAACUUGAAACAUUUAAUGUAAGUUUGUGUCCUUUUCUUCAGAGCCCUUCAAAUACUGACUUGAUAGAGGAAGAGCAUAGUCUCAAAGAUGUUACCUCUCAAACACUGACCAUUUCCAAUCUUUCUGGGAGGCCUCUUAAAUCAUCUGAAUUCUUUAAACCUCAGACUGAGUUUGAAGCAGAUAAGAACACAUCGCAAACUCUGAAAAACAGCCUGCUUGCAGAUACCUGUUGCAGAAGGUCAGUACUAAUCCACAGUAGGCAUUUUAAUAGGACAAAUAAUACUGAACGGGUAAGCAAACCAGAUGUAUUUCAAGAACAUGUUACAGCGACUCUCAAAACUUACAGAUGUAAAGAUUUGAUAGAGUUGGCAGUAGGCUUGAGUCAUGGAGAUCACAGCAGCAUGAAGUUAGUAGAGGAAGCAGUACGGCUGCAAUAUCAGAAUGCUUGUGUGCAACAAGGCAACUGUAGGAUACCAUUUAUGUUUGACAUUUCAAGAAUUUUUACGUGCUGUCUACCAGGCUUACCUGAAACAACUUCUUGUGUUUGUCCAGGAUAUAUCACUGUUGUCUCAGUAUCUAAUACUACUGUGAUUAAGGAAUUGCAGAAUCAGCCUGUCCGAAUAGUUCUCAUUGAAGGUGACCUCACAAAGAAUUAUCGCCACCUGGGAUUUAAUAAGUCUACAAAUAUUAAAACAGUGUUAGAUAGCAUGAAGCUUCAAAAAGACAGCUCAGAAGAACUGUGGGCAAAUCACAUAUUACAGGUAUUAAUCCAGUUCAAUGUGAACCUUGUCCUGGUACAAGGAAAUGUGUCUGAACACUUGAUUGAAAAAUGUAUAAACAGUAAGCGGUUGGUAAUUGGCUCAGUGAAUGGCACUGUGAUGCAGGCUUUUGCAGAGGCUGCAGGAGCAGUACAGGUGGCCUACAUUACACAAGUGAAUGAAGAUUGUGUGGGCAGUGGGGUCUCUGUGACCUUCUGGAGAAACAGUCCCUUGGAUGUUGUAGAUACAAACAACAGAAUUGCAAUCUUAUUAAAAAUAGAAGGGAUUAAUUUGGUUACAGCUGUGCUCACUAGUCCAGUUACUGCUCAGAUGCAAAGCAAAGAAGAUAGGUUCUGGACUUGUGCCUAUCGUUUGUAUUAUGCCCUAAAAGAGGAAAAGGUCUUCCUUGGAGGUGGUGCAGUUGAAUUUUUGUGUCUUAGCUCUCUUCAAAUUCUUGCAGAACAAUCUCUGAAAAAAGAAAAUCAUGCCUGCUCAGGGUGGUUCCCUAAUACUUCCUCUUGGCUGGCUUCAUCUCUAGCAAUAUAUAGACCAACUGUGCUUAAACUCCUGGCAAAUGGAUGGCAGAAAUACCUUUCAACUCUCCUAUAUAACACUGCCAAUCACUCAUCAGAAUUUGAAGCCAGCACAUACGUUCAACAUCAUCUGCAAAAUGCCACAGACUCUGGCUCUCCUUCAUCUUAUAUCUUGAAUGAAUAUAGUAAACUAAAUAGUAGAAUUUUUAAUUCAGACAUUUCAAAUAAACUGGAGCAGAUUCCAAGAGUUUAUGAUGUCGUUACACCAAAGAUUGAGGCGUGGCGCCGAGCAUUGGAUUUAGUCCUGUUAGUACUUCAGACGGACAGUGAAAUAAUUACCGGACAUGGGCACACACAGAUAAAUUCACAGGAAUUAGAGGGCUUUUUAUUUUUGUAGUGUUAUUGGCUAAGUCUUUGGAAAAUAAUUUUUCAUAAUAUGUCUUUCUAAUAAAAUAAAUGUAUUGAUAGCCAACUCAUGGUGCCUAAAAUGCUAGCUGUCGCCAAGAAGAAAAUAGUUGAUGUCUGUCAAUAACUGUGCAUGGUCUGAGAUUUUACCCUACUUAUAAGCUAACAAAUUAGCUUGUUAGUCUUUCAUGGGAUGCUACAGAAUUCACAAGACACCUGGGUCAGAAACAAAGGACUUUUCUUACAGCAAAAGCUGUAGCCAGAGCUUCAUGUUGGUUUUAUUCAGUUCCUCAUUUUUCUAGUUCCCAUAUGAAGAACACAAAGGGCCCAUGAUGAAAGCCUGCACACAGUGGGUUAUGUUGUAAGAGAGAAAGACUGAGCUUGGGAUAGUAACUGCUUUUAUAGUAAGCAAAAAAACAUCCUGGUCUUUGUCCAAAGUGAGUUAUUACCUCAUAUUCAAGGUUGCUUAGUGUAAACACAAGCCUGGGACAUGGACUAGGUAAAAAUAAAGUAUUGUAUUCUUGGCAUACCUAGUAAGUAUGUAGGGAUACUCAGAGUCCAUAGUGGAUAAUCUCUUCUAGCAGUCUGCUCCUCAGCCUGACAUGUUCUUGGGCUAACUUGAAUUUUCACAUGAGUAUGCCACUCCAUCAGCUACUCUGAUUAAUCUGACAGUCAAAGUUGUUUAGCCAGUACCACAUUUGUUCAUUUGGUCUCAUAGCAAUUAAUGAAGGCUAUUAUCAUCAGACACAGAAGCAGGAUGAAGCCAACCUACAGUGUUAACCUCAGUCUGUUAUCCAAGGUCUUGACUCGGUCAACUGUAAGUUCCAAUGGAGGACCAAUAGGUCUUUUUGUUAGGCAGCCAGAAUGUAGUGAAGGACCAAUUUUUUAUAUAUUAUGACCCAAGAAAGGGAGCUUUGACUGACCUGCUGAUAUGUGGUGUUAUUGCCAAUAAUUAUGCGUGCAAGAGCUGGGCCAAAAAAUGCCCUGUUCCCUAUAGAGAGCCCUUAUAUGGCUUAUUUUCCCAACAUACAAGUACAUAACCCCAAAGGGUCCAGGUUACUCUAGUUCAGAAUUAUUGUCAAACCUGAUUUAAAUCAUCAUAUACGGAUUUAAGUCAUAUGAGUGGUGUUACCAAGUAGUGUCAGCCUCAAUUACUAUACAUGGUAUAAUGCAAGGCCACUCAGACAUUAAGAGAAGCAUAAGAUCAGUUAGAAUGAAACAAGAUUGUGCUGGUCCCUGUGUUUCUACAUGUUCACAUCUGGGAGCCCCCAUUGAUGGCAUCAUGUACUGCCUCCUAUACGGAUAGAGUCUUGGUACUGUGUUGAGCCUCCUUUUUGCUGGUGAGGCCAAAGAUACAGCAUUUAUUUGUUUCAUUGCAAAGGGAUUAGUGCUAUAAAUCUCUCCAGUCUCAGAAAACAACUGGUCAAACAGGGCCCUAAAUUUUGUCUGGGUUUACCAGCCCCAUUCCUACCAGUAGAGGUAUGAAAACCACAGUCAAACCUGUUGGAAGUGGCUUCUGAUUUCAACCACUAGAACGUCAUCUACAGUUGACCUUUGAACAACACAGCAGUCAGGGAUAACAACCCCUGCACAAUAAAAAAAUCUGCAUGUAACUUUUUUGGCUUUUGUGGAGACAGAGUCUCCCCCUGUUGCCCAAGCUGGAGUGCAGUGGUAUGAUCCUGGCUUACUGCAACCUCUGCCUUCUGGGUUUAAGCAAUUCUCCUGCCUCAGUCUUCUGAAUAGCUGGGACUACAGGCACCUGACUACAGGCACCUGCCACCAUACCUGGCUAAUUUUUUGUAUUUUCGUAGAGGCGGGGUUUCACCAUGUUGCCCAGAGCAGUCUCAAACUGAGCUCAGGCAAUCUGCCUGUCGUGACCUCCCAAAGUGCUGGGAUUACAGGCAUGUGCCACCACGCCCAGCCUGCAUAUAACAUUUGACUCCCCCAAAACUUUACUAAUAGCCUAACUGUUGACCAUAGCCUUACCGAUAACAUAACAAAUAUUUAGUAUAUGUAUUACAUAAUGUAUUCUUAAGUAAGCUAGAAAAAAAGUUACCAAAAUCACAAGGAAGAGAAAAUACACUUACUAUUUGUCAAAUGGAAGUGGAUCAUCAUAAAGGCUGUCAUCCUCAUCAUAUCUUCAUGUUGAGUAGGCUGAAGAAGAGGAGGAAGAGGGGCUGGUAUUUCUGUCUCAGGGGUGGCAGAAGCAGAAAAAAAAUUAAUGUGUAAGUGGACCCAUGCAGUUCAAACCUAUAUUGUAUAAUGACAUUUUAGUCAUUUUAUGGAUCACAUAUAGAUGAUGGUCCCAUAAAAUUCUAAUACCAUACUUUUACUGUACCAUUUUGUGUUUCGUUAGGUUUAGACACACAAAUUCUUACCAUUGUUUUACAGUUGCCUAUGUUAUUCUGUAUAGUAACAUGCUGUACAGGUUUGUAGCCUAGGAUCAAUAGGCCAUACCAUAUAGCCUAGGUAUAUAGUCGGCUGUACCAUCUUGGUUUGUGUCAGUACACUGUCUGAUGUUUACACAACAGUGAAAUCACCUCAUGAUGCAUUUCUCAGAAUGUAUCCCCUUGGUUAAGCAACACGGGGCUGUACUUUUAGUUUUGAUUGACUGCCAAACUCAGCCUCAACAAACUUGUAUUUUCAAUCUAGUCAAAGUUUCUUUUCUUAUUGCUGAUACCAUUUGUUUCAGCUUUGUGGGCUCCUUGACUCCACAGCCAAAUUUCUUGUUUUCUAGGGCCCUGGAGAUGUUGCCUCAUUGUCAUGUCAGUAUCUUCUGCCUCUUACCCUGAAGUCAGGGAGCAACAACCAAGACACCAUUUAGGUAGCUUGUUUUAACUCUGCUUCUCACUGUUUAGUCUCUAAACAUUCAUUAACAGAUAAGAGGAAACCUACUUCCCACUUCUUUUCCCACUGCUUGGAUAAAAGCAUUCACUACUAAAUCCCAGAAUCAUCUCACAUCUCCUAAUCUAGCCAUUAAGGCCUUCAUGUUUUCCAGUAUUAAAAAACUUAGGUACAUUAAUCUUUUAGGAUUUAUUUGAGCAGGCAGUGAUUUGUGAAUGGAACAACUCCAGACUGCCGGCAGUUUGGGGCUCCAAUGAAAGGGUUCAAGGGGAAAACUUUCAUAAAGUGUUUAUGGAAGCAAGACAAAGAAAAUAUUUGAUUAGUUAAAGUGGAGCAAUAGCUUUAAAUUCUCUGGUUAGAGGGUUGCUGGCAAUUUCUAAAGUCCCUAGUUAGAGCUUAGUUGGGAGUUUCUGAUAGGUUAUACUUAAGUUUCAUUUUCCUAGGCUAGGGCCCUUCACCGAUUUGGGUUUCAGUUUGUUUAUAUAGGAACCUAGAGUACUAGAUCUACCUCUGUCUAAUGCCCUCCCAAUUAAUUAUUUCUGUGGCUUUGUUAGCCAAAAUUGUCAAGAACUAUGAAAUGUGUAAGAUUUUACCCUACUUACAAGAUGUUAUGGUCUGACUGUGUCCCCCUGAAAUUUAUGUGUGUGGAAUUUUUUAAUCCCUAAUGCAACAGGAAUAGGAGGUGGAACUUAAUGGGAGGUGUUUAGGUCAUGAAGGUUCCACCCUUAUGAAUAGAUUAAUGCUGCUAUAAAAAGAGCUUACAGGGUGGGUUCACCCUUUCCUGCUUUUCUGCCAUGUGGGAAUUCAGUGCUUGUUCAUUUUUGUCUUUCUGCCUUCUGCCAUGUGAGAACACAGUGUUCUCCUCUCUGGAAGAUGCAGCAUCCAAGGCACCAUCUUAGAAGCAAAGACUGGACCCUCAUCAAAAUCCUUGAUCUUGCCUCCGAAACUGUGGGAGAUAAAUUUCUGUUUUCUAUAAAAUACCCUGUCUGUAGUAUUCCAUUAUAGCAGCACAAAAUGAACUAAAUGCUAACAAGUUAGCCUGUUAAAAUUUCAUGGGAUGCUGGCAGAAGACAUGAGACUCAUGGAUCAAAGACAAAGGACUUUAUAGUAUCCAUAGCUUCAUGUUGAUUUGUAUCAGUUUCCUGUGCUUCCCCAAUCUCAUUGUAUGACAUAAAAAGCCUGUAAGGAAUGUCUGCACACAUAAUGGGUUAUGUUACAGGAGAGGAACAUCAAGCUUGGAUGAGUUCACUGUUAUAGUAAGCAGAAACAAGCCUAUUUUUUUGUCAGAAGGAAGAUAUUACAUCCUUCCUUAAGAUUUCUACUUACAAACACAACCCUUAGAAAUGGCCUAGAAAAAGAAAAGGCGGUACCCAGGAAGAAUGUGCAGGCAUGCUCAGAGCCCAUAGUGGACUGCCUCUCCCAACAAAUUCUUUGUCUUUUGCUCCUUAGCCACAUUUAAAGAUUAAAUUACAUGUGUAGGGGGAACGAUCCAAGAUGGCCGAUGGCUAACAACUCAGGAUUGCAGCUCCCAGUGAAAGCUCAGAGAACGAGAGGACGCCACACUUACAGACAAAUGUUGGUUGCUCACGGAGCAGAAGAUUCCCAGUGGAGGAGCUCCACGGGUUGCCAGCGCGGCAGCUCUCAGUGCAGAGUAAACGGGACUGGUUCCCCUUCUGACCGAGGUUAGGAGGAGCCACACAGGUCACCAGUGCGACUCUUGUGGCCGGCACAGCGGUUCUGCUGGCACCUCGGCACGGCAGCUCUUGGUGCUGAGUAAACGGGACUGGUUCCCCUUCUGACUGACGUUUGGAGCUCCGGGAAGGCAGAGUCGCCUAUUACAGACUCAAGAAGGAAGCCAGACUGGAGAUUCCUGGGCAGAAAAGCACCAUCAGUCUUAACCCCGCUGUUUUGGCUGAUGCAGUGGGUUGCUCAUAUUUCGGCCAUGGGAAUUAACAACUUGGACGUCCACUCAAGAGACCUAAUCUGAAAGUUGGUAAUUACAAAGAAGACAGGUGGAUAAAUUUACAAUGAUGGGAAGAAACCAGCAUAAAAAGGCUGAGAAUACUCAAAAUCAGAACGCCUCUCCCUCUAAAGAGGAUCACAGUUCUUCAUCAACAAGGGAGCAAGACUUGAUGGAGAACGAGCACAUCCCAUUAACAGAAUCAGGCUUCAGAACAUGGAUAAUAAGAAACUUCUGUGAGUUAAAAGAACAUGUUGUAGCCCAAUGUAAAGAAACUAAGAACUUUGAAAAAAGGUUUGACAAAAUCCUAAUGAGAAUAGAUAACUUAGGAAUAUAAGUGAAUUAAUGGAACUGAAAAGUACAAUACGGGAACUCUGAGAAGUAUACACAGGUUUAAACACUCAAAUUGUUCAAGCAAAAGAAAGGAUAUCAGAGGUCGAAGUCCAACUUAAUGAAAUAAAAUGAGAAGAUUAGAGAAAAAAGGAUAAAAAGGAAUGAGGAAAGUCUCUAAGAAAUGUGGGACUAUGCGAAAAGACCAAAUUUACGUUUGAUAGGUGUACCUGAAUGCGACGGAGAGAAUGAAUCCAAGCUGGAAAAUAUUCUUCAGGAUAUUAUUCAGGAAAAUUUUCCUAAACUAGCAAAGCAGGACAAUAUUCAACCCCAGGUAAUACAGAGAACACCACAAAGUUAUUCCUCAAGAAGAGCAACCCCAAGGCACAUAAUCAUUAGAGUCACCAGGGUUGAAAUGAAGGAGAAAAUACUAAGGGCAGCCAGAGAGAAAAGUCAGAUUACCCACAAAGGGAAGCCUAUCAGACUUGCAGCAGAUCUCUCAGCAGAAACUCUACAAGCCAGAAGAGAGUGGGGGCCAAUAUUCAACAGCCUUAAAGAACAGAACUUUCAGCCCAGAAUUUCAUAUCCAGCCAAACUAAGCUUCACAACUGAAGGAAAAAUAAAAUCUUUUAUGAACAAGCAAGAACUUAGAGAUUUUAUUACCACCAGGCCUGCUUUACAAGAGCUUCUGAAAGAAGCAUUAUACAUAGAAAGAAACAACCACUAUUAGCCUUUCUAAAAAUAUACCAAAAAGUAAAGAGCAUCAACAUAAAGAAGAACUUACAUCAACAAAUGGAUGAAACAGCCAGUUAACAUCAAAUGGCAGUAACCCUAAAUUUAAAUUGACUAAAUCCCCCAAUCAAAAGAUACAGCCAAAACCCAAUGGUAUGCUACAUCCAGACCCAUUUCACAUGCAAGGAUACACAAAGACUCAAAACAAAGGGAUGGAGAAAGAUUUACCAACCAAAUGGAGAGCAAAAAUAAAUAAAUAAAUAAAUAAAAAGCAGGAAUUGCAAUUCUCAUAUCGGAUAAAAUAGAUUUUAAAGCAACAAAGAUAUUGUGGUAAAAGGAUCAAUGCAACAACAAGAGCUAACGAUCCUAACACCCAGAUACUUAGAGACUUAGACUCAGUGAGACAGAAAAUUAAUAAGGAUAUCAAGGACUCGAACUCAAGCCGGAACAAGUAAACUUAAUAAAUAUUUAUAGAGCUCUCCACUUUAAAUACACAAAAUAUACAUUCUUGUCAAUACCACAUCAUACCUACUCAUAGGUUUAAAUGAAACAUUGAUUGGCCAUUAUUAGCCAUUUUUUUUUUUAGAAUAAAGCAACAUUUUCAUUCUCUCUCCCUCUUUUUCUUCCUCUUUCUUCCUCUCCUUCACUCCUUUUUUUUCUUUCCUUCUCUCAAAAAAAGAAAAAAAGAAAUCAACUUGUAGACCUCUAGAUCCAGGUCGACAAUGUCUCUCUCAUUGCUUGAUUUCCUUCCUCCCCUUCUCUCUCUCCCUCCCUCCCUCCCUCCCUCCCUUUCUUCCUCCCUCCCUUCCUCCUUUCCUCCCUUCAUGCCUUCCUCCCUUCCUCAAAAAUAAAAUAAAAAUAAAUAAAUAAAUUACAUGUGUAAUUUUUGGAAUUGAAUAUUAGAAGAGCCAUGGGAAAAUAGUGAAAAUAGCAGUAACAGUUACGAUUACUUACCAUUUUCCAUAAACUGUUUUAAAUCCUUUACAUGCUAUAUUAAUUAGCUAGGACUGCUUUAACAAAGUACUAAAGACUGGGUGGCUUCAACAAUAGGAAUUUAUUUUCCCAUAGUUUUGAAGAAUAGAAGACUGAGAUUAAGGUGUGGACAGGAUUUGUUUCUUCUGAGGCCUCACUCCUUGGUUUGUAGAUGGCUACCUUCUUGUGUCCUCAGUCUUCCCUCUGUGUGUACACAUCCCUGGCAUCUAUUAUUGUGUCCAAAUUUCCUCUUAUAAGAACCCCCAGUCAGACUGGAUUAGGGCCCACCCAGUGGCCUUAUUUUAAUUACCCCUUUAAGGACCCUAUCUCCAAAUACAUUUACAUUCUGAGAUACUGGGAAUUAGGGUUUCAAUAUAUUAAUUUAGAGGAACACAAACUCGUAAUACAUAUAUUAUCUCAAUCUUUGUAACAUCCAUUUUCUUCAUUUUAUAGAUGACAAAACAGGCUUAGUAUGGUUAAGAAAUUAGUCCAAUGUCUCACAGCUGGUAAAUGGCAGCACUGGAAUUUAAACCAAAAUUGUAUUGGCUCUGAGAUCUGUAUUCCUAAGCAUUAAUUACGCUAUGAAACUUUUUUUUUUCUGUACGGUAACAACACAACAAGAAAAGAGAAUGCCUGGUUUAUUUAUAGGACUAAUUUAAAUAUGUUAGAGAUGUACCUUGAUUAUCUUCAUGCUUGGGAAUGGUAAAAUAAUAUCAUUUUGUAUUGUGCUAAUUAAUGAAUAUUUUUUGCUUUGUUGGUUUAAAUGUGACCACAUGAAAACCUUGCACAGGUAAUUAUCUCAGCUAUAUAUAUAGUCUUUGUUCUAAGUUGGAAUAAUAGAAAUGUUGAGUGUUAAACUGUUUUGAAAAAUUAAAUAUAUGAUUUUACCUAGGUAGAUACUGAUAUUUUUAUUCUUCCUCUGUAUAAUGUUAAAACUUAUUUUUGUUAAAGUAUUAUACAGAUUAUGAGUAUUACUAAUAUUGAUUGACAUAGAUGUUCAAUUGAUUUAUAUAAUGGAAUUUUUGAAAUUGGUACUUGCAUAUAUUAGUAGUGCUAAAUAUUUAAUAAAUUAAUGCAUUAAUAUUUUCCUUUCA